CUGACAACACUCAAACUGUUUGCUGUCAAAGCUGAAAUGAUACUCUUUACUCAUUGCGUAUGAAGAAAACCAAUAAAAACUUGUAAUUCAUCAAUUUGGUGUUAUUUCAUGACGAGCGUAUCAAACACAUAGAAUUCUAUUAUGACCUUUUUUAUUAAUGAGAUAUAAAAUACAGCAAGAUUAUUGAGUUCAUACAUAAGCUAUGUAUUCGUUCGAGGGAGACUUCAGGCGCAAGCCCCAGCAGAACUUGGCUGGCGCCAGCGCUCAGCGCAAGACAGACCGAGAUACUUUGAUACAGCAGUCACAACAACAAAGACAGAAAAGAGAGGAACACAGAAAACGCUUGAACAGUACAGUUAAAAUCCAAGCUUAUGUAAGGAGUUAUUUAACCAGAAAGCAUUGUAAACAGACUGAGAGGGACCAGUUUGAUAGCAUAUUCCCGAGAGUCAACCCAGAUGACCAGCAGAUGCUGUGUGCUCUUGUUGCUAAGAUACUGUUCUUUUAUGAUGAUCAACAGGAUUAUUCUAGACUGGUUGCAAUAUCACAACUGCUUCUGAAACAAUGGAAGAAAGUGUAUCAAAUAUUUGGUGCCUGUGUUCAAAUACGAAGAGUGUUAGCCUUACAUCUCCGUUUGUUACGAGAUAAUAGUGAGGUACCAUUGGCAGUACCUCUCCGAAUGUUCGAAGUGUUCACGUCUACGAACACUGCUGAGGCUUCCAUCAACUGUGACGAAGCCCUCAGUAUUGUGGGCAGCACAUUCUUAUAUCUUGUUAAAAGAGGUUAUUUCCAAGAUCUGUGUAAACUAAUGUGUGACAAGACGCCACCGCUAUAUGGGCCUUCGCCCAACCCGCCGACACCUCUCAGUGGAGCUCUCUUAGAUCUCAUACAACGACCACUCACUCUCAUAUCGCGCAUCAAUAUACCACAUUAUGAUGACAGCAUAAUGACAGCGUUCGCAUCAGCCUUCCUCUGCAACCCAUACCCGGAGCCGGUAGAGAUGUAUAUAAUCCCGGCGCUGGCGCACGAUCCCAGCAAGAAGUUCCCCUUCCUCUCGCUAGUGCAGGCGCUGCGGGAUGAUGCCAAGUUUACCAGUAGAGUGCUUAGUAAUGAUUCCUGGUUACUGCAUUCUGUGCUGGCGUUGGAACCUCCGGAUUUCGUAAACGUUGUACGCAACAUGGACAACUCAAGACUGCCGAACAAUCCUAUUGUUUUAGACUACUUUAAAAUUAUUGCUAAGUUAACUGUAAAUGUUUGUAAUAAGCAAAUUACCUAUGAGUAUGAAGACUCCUUGUAUAGCCAGGAGACUGUGGCUGAUAAAGAUGACGAUAGUGACAGUGAGAACGAACCCAAUCCUACGUCUGUUAGAGAACAAAUGUUGCUGACGAGAUGUAUAGAGCUUCUGAAUGAACCGGAACGUUGUGUGAUGACCACGUGCUCGCAGAUCACGGAGGCUGACUUGAGUGAGGAUUUUCUGGAUUGUGUGUCGGAAAUAUGCCAUAAUUUGUUGCUGAGUCAUAGGAUGGCGUUGCAUAAGUAUAGAUUACUAUACACGUUAGCGUUCAAGCCGAUGUUCCUCCGCGGCCUAUGGCUGUGGGUGUCCUCAAUGUCUCACUUGUCGUCGUUCGGCGGGCCGGCCACGCCGCUGCUGUCGGCUCUGUCGCGCGGGCUGGGCGCCGACGCGCAUGCGCUCAACGUGCACCGCCUACUGGCCCCGCUAGCUGUGUUCUGUGCCUUGUUCUCACUGUUGAUUGGAACGCUUCACGAUACGGAGUUCUGUAGAGACCCUGAUGAUGAGAAGAAGCUUAGUUUAGGCUUGCCACAACCGAUAACUCCCGCCGGUCGAGUCCACGCGUUCGAGUUCGGUGAACUAGGCUCACUAUGCCGUACUCUGCGUACGGUAUGCCUAGGCCUGGUCGAGCUGGCCUACCCGGAGUCCAGGCCGGCGGUCGCGGGCCACUAUAGAGACGCGGUACAUGCUGAUCAUAUACAGAUAUCUGGGAAUAAUCAGACGCCGGCGUGGUCGCAUUUGUUUAAGGUAUGCACAUCGCUCCUCCGCGCGCUAUACGCUCGCGACGGGCGGCUGCAGUUCGUGGGCGCGGGCGCGUGGCCGGCGGCGGGCGCCGUGCCCGAGGGCGGCGCCGCCGUGCUGCUGGUGGCGGGCGAGCGGGCCCGCCACAACACGCGACACCUGCGCCGACCGCCCAACCUUACUGCCGCGCUGGCGCUCUCACAUGAUGAGGGACCACCACUAACAAUCAAGGAACUUAGAACAGUCACUAUACUUAGAGAAAUUCCAUUCGUCGUGCCUUUUUCAACGCGUGUACUUAUAUUCCAAGGACUUUUAGCCAGAGAAAAACAUGACCAUUGGUACGAAAUGUCAAACUUCAACGAGGGGCCUUCAAUAAACAUUAGUGUUCGACGGACGCAUUUAUAUGAGGAUGCAUUUGACAAACUUAGUCCAGAUAACGAACCUGAUUUAAAACUGAAACUUAGAGUACAACUAAUAAAUCAAGCGGGCGCAGAGGAAGCGGGUGUCGACGGCGGAGGACUAUUCAGAGAGUUUCUUUCUGAACUACUUAAAUCAGCGUUUGACCCAAACAGAGGCUUAUUCCGGCUGACCAUAGACAACAUGUUGUACCCGAAUCCCGCCGUACAUUUGUUGUACGACGACUUCCCCAUGCAUUACUACUUUGUAGGCAGGAUGUUGGGCAAGGCGAUGUACGAGAACCUGCUAGUAGAGCUUCCCCUAGCAGAGUUCUUCCUGGGCAAGCUGUGCGGCUGCGGCGAGGCGGACGUGCACGCGCUGGCGUCGCUGGACCCCGCGCUGCACCGCGGCUUGCUGCUGCUGCGCGCGCAUGCUCGCCGCGACGUGCCCGAGCUGGGGCUGGACUUCACUGUGUUGACGGAUGAGCUGGGGGAGCAGAGGAUAGAAGAAUUAAAACCUGGUGGUGCAAACAUUCCCGUGACAGCUGAAAAUAGGAUAGAAUAUAUUCAUCUAGUCGCCGAUUAUAAGUUAAAUAAACAAAUAAGAUCCCAGUGCAACGCGUUCAAGCGCGGCCUAGUAUCCGUGGUAUCCGCGGAGUGGCUGCGCAUGUUCUCGUGCAGAGAGCUGCAGCUGCUCAUCUCUGGCGCCGAAGUGCCCAUAGACAUCGAGGAUCUCAAGAGAUAUACGCAGUAUGCAGGGGGUUUCUCAGCGCAGCAUCCAACAGUACAAUGCUUCUGGCGCGUGCUGGCGACGUUCACGGACGAUCAGCGCCGGCAGCUGCUCAAGUUCGUCACCAGCUGUUCCAGACCACCACUGCUUGGCUUUAAGGACCUGCAACCUCCCUUCUGCAUCCAAUCAGCGGGUGCGUCAGACCGUCUUCCAUCAUCGUCUACCUGCAUGAACCUGCUGAAGCUGCCGGAGUUCCACACGGAGGAGCAGCUCACCGAGAAGUUGUUGUACGCCAUACAGGCCGGCGCCGGCUUCGAACUUAGCUAGAGUACAAUCACAAAUACCACGUAUUUAGAUAGUUGUCUACUAAAUAUUUGGAGGUUUAUUGUUAGUUUUAUUUUCCCACUGUAGUAGUUCACUAACCACUAACAAAUCGCAUUUCUUGUGAUAAUAGAAUAUCCGAAUAUAUUUGAGAACUAUUGCGAUGUGGUUGUGUUUCUGUAAAUAAACGUUACCGUUAGUUAUUUUCUCGUGUUCUCUGUUUAAGAAACAUAUCUUGUGUAUUUCUAAUGUACUCAUCUUUUAUUCACAUUAAAUUAAAUUAUUUAUUUAUAACAAUUACUCACUUCUUCUAAAUUGGUAUUAUAUUUCUAAUUUAUGGAGCAUAGGGUGUGUUGAGGUUCAAUAGAUAAAAAUGUUAGUGCAAUGUUGUUACAUGUAAAUAAUAAAAAUUGUGUCGAAUUUAUACACUAGCUGUUCUAGAUUAGGUACCUGGGAUUGUGUAAAAGAGUAAUAAUAUUUUUAUUUUAUUGAAUUUUGUAAAUGUCCAAAUACAUGCGAUGGAGUGUCGUGCUUCCAUCGGUCAUUGUGAUGUGUGCCCGGUCUUGUACAAACUAUUCAGUCGUGUCAAAUUUGGGACUUUAUAUUUUAGUACCUAUUGAAUAAAGUUAUCUGAAUCUUGUA